AUGGUCCGGAUCGGUCAAAGAGAAUUGCAAGCUCUGAACAUUGACACCAACAUCACUCAACUGCCCGCCACUAGUGCUACUCAACCAUCAGGCACACGAGUGACAAUGUCCACUGCUGGCAACUCAACAACAAACCGCAACCCCUCUCGAGUCCUACAACCUGGACAUCUUGAAACUAGUCUUGUGUACAUCCUGGAAACUGUCUUUGGCUACAGCGCUGGCAGUAUUCUUCAUCUUGCACUUGACUUGUGUGGUUGCAAAUGUUUCCUCGACCUUGUUGGCAUGGAUGAUGCUGAUAUUGACGGACUACAGUAUCCUGUCAGUCAGCCACGUGAUGCUAACGGUGACCCACUACCUGAUGUACUUUGGGAUGUGCCGAAACCUCUUAAGGCAUAUCUCCAUGGGAUCCGUGGCUACAUCUACCACCAAGAAACUGUGCUCAAGGAUCCAGUUACCCUGUCUAACUGUAUCCUCAUUGACCCUGAUGAUUUUGAUACAUACAGGGCCUCCAGUGCAUUCAUCGUGUUCUGCAGCCGCACCAUCCCACAGCCUCUUGUCUCCAAGCUAUCCAGACAAUCACCAGCUGAGGAAUUUGAUCGGGGCAUUAAACUAGAUGCCAACCUCUAUCCAACUUUGUCUGAUGAUAAGCAAUGGGAUAGUUACCUUCGUAAUCUAGAAGCUACUUGUCGCACUCACAGAUUGAAACAGGUCCUUGACCCCAAGUACCAGCCCACCAGACUUGAUGAGCAAGACCUCUUUGACAGACACCAAUCCUUCUUGUAUCAGGUGUUUGUGCGGACCCUCCUCACCGAUCAAGGCAAGAAGAUUGUUCGACAAUGCGAUAAGACUUACGAUGCCCAGUCCAUCUACCGGGAUCUUUGCAAGUUUUAUACUCAGUCUAUCAAGGCCACUUCGACUGCCAACACCAAACUGCAAUGGUUGACCACUGCUCAACUCACUGCAGACCAAUGGCCCGGUAGUCAUGUGUCCUUCAUUCUUCAUUGGCUCGAUACUCUUCGCCAGUACCACAAGGUAGCCAAACACCCAACCCCCGAGGAGCAGCUCAUCGUCAUGUUGUCCAAUGCUGUCAGACUUGUGCCAUACCUUUGCAACGUGUUCGACACUAGUGAACAAUUGGCCUUUCAGAACAACAACAGACCACUUACAUUUGACGAGUAUGCGUCACUCCUGGAGGCAGCAGCCCAAAACCAUGAUGAGAUCACCAAAGGAUCCAAGCCCGAGGCCAAUCCUAGGAAGGCAUAUGCUACUGAUGUUGUCACCACUGGUGAUCUUGAACUGGAUCCUGGCCCUCCCAUGUUUGACUUCAACAUUGACAUGGACCUUGGCAACUACUAUGCUUACCGUACGUCUUUGUCAUCUGCUCGCAAGACCUUUCUACCUAACGAACUGUGGCCACAAUUAGAUGAUCAAGGUCAACGUGCCUGGCAUCAACUUCCUGAAGCUACUAAAGUUGUCAUACUUGGUGGUUCCAACAAACCUUUGCCGCCACCACCACCCCCACCACCCCCACCGCCCCCCGUCGUUCUGUCAACUUGCAUGAUAUGUCGGCCGCUGAUUUCCUUUCUCAGUUUCAGCAUUCGAGCAUGGGGAGUGAUGUAG